CUAACGGUUCCAACACAGGCUGUGCGGUGCAGUUUGGGCUCCGGCUGCCCUCCUAAAACUAUCCAUCUCUCUCAAUCAUCAUCGUUCUUCUUCAAGUUCGGAUCUCCGACAAUCUAUCUAUCCUCUGUGUCCUUCCCUCUCCUCUUCCAUUAGUAUCCAUUUCUGAAAAAAAGUUUCCAAAAAAAAAGUAAAACCAGAAAAAGAAUUUUCCUGCAAAAAACCUUUCAGAGAGAGAGAGAGAGGGAGAGAGAUUUUAGUUCGAAUUAAUCGCCCCUGUUCUAUACGGACUUUCGUCGAGCAACUAGUGUGGCUUUCUUUUUGGUAUCAGUGUAGAAGAGAAGUUAAGAGAGUAGAUUUUGAUAUUUCUCUUUUUUUUCCUCCUAGGGUUUGUUCGAAUAACAAGAGGAGAGGGAAGAAAAAAGAAAAAAAAAGCAAAAAAUUCUGAAAAUAGAAGUGCAAAAACAGGAGGUCGACUAGGGUUUUCUUUGUUGAGGUUUAAGAUCGACAAGGGUUUUCUUUGUAGAGAUGGCGCAGGUUCAAGUUCAGCCUCAAGCUCCUCCUUCUGGCCCAAAUGCGGCGGGCAAUACUGGGGCUAACCCAUACGUUUCGACGUCUCUGUAUGUGGGUGACCUUGAAUUGAACGUGACGGACUCGCAACUUUACGAUCUGUUCAGCCAGCUUGGUCAGGUCGUGUCGGUUCGUGUUUGCAGAGAUUUGAGCACCCGGCGGUCCCUUGGCUACGCGUAUGUUAACUACAGCAAUACCCAAGAUGCUGCAAGGGCAUUGGAUGCACUUAACUUCACUCCUCUUAAUGGGAAGUCCAUUCGCAUAAUGUAUUCUCACCGUGAUCCUAGCAUCCGUAAAAGUGGGACAGCUAAUAUAUUCAUUAAGAACCUGGAUAAGGCAAUCGACAACAAGGCACUACAGGAUACAUUUUCUGUGUUUGGGAACAUUUUGUCUUGCAAGAUAGCAACAGAUCCUUCUGGCCAGUCAAAAGGCUAUGGGUUUGUUCAGUAUGAUAGUGAGGAAUCGGCCCAAAAUGCCAUAGACAAACUUAAUGGCAUGCUGAUGAAUGAUAAACAGGUUUAUGUUGGACCCUUUCUUCGUAAGCAGGAGAGAGAAUCUGCAUUGACUAAGACAAAAUUCAACAAUGUUUAUGUAAAGAAUCUCUCAGAGACAACAACUGAAGAAGAUCUGAAGAACCUUUUUGGCGAAUAUGGACCAAUAACUAGUGUGGUGGUAAUGAGGGAUGCAGAUGGAAAAUCCAAGUGUUUUGGAUUUGUCAACUUUGAGAAUACGGAUGAUGCUGCUGAAGCUGUUGAUGGUCUUAAUGGAAAGAAAUUUGAUGAAAAGGAGUGGUAUGUGGGCAAGGCACAGAAGAAAUCUGAAAGAGAACAAGAACUGAAAGGUCGAUUUGAUCAAAGUGUAAAGGAGGCAGUAGACAAAUAUCAAGGGGUAAACUUAUAUGUGAAGAACUUAGAUGAUAGCAUUGGCGAUGAGAAGCUAAAGGAAAUGUUCUCUGAGUUUGGUACAAUUACAUCAUGCAAGGUUAUGCGAGAUCCUAAUGGGAUUAGUAGAGGUUCAGGAUUUGUUGCUUUCUCUACUCCUGAAGAAGCAUCACGAGCUCUUGCUGAAAUGAAUGGCAAAAUGCUUGUAAGCAAACCUCUCUAUGUUGCACUUGCACAGAGGAAGGAAGAUAGACGAGCAAGGCUGCAGGUGCAAUUUUCUCAAAUGCGGCCUGUUGCUAUGCCACCUUCUGUUACUCCUCAUGUGCCAAUGUACCCUCCUGGUGGUCCUGGUAUUGGACAACAAAUAUUUUAUGGUCAGGGUCCCCCUGCUCUGAUUCCUCCUCAGCCUGGAUUUGGAUACCAGCAGCAACUAGUUCCUGGGAUGAGGCCUGGUGGUGCUCCCAUGGCCAAUUUCUUUGUGCCAAUGGUUCAGCAAGGUCAGCAGGGUCAACGACCAGGGGGCAGGCGUGCAGGGGCGGGACCAGUGCAACAAAAUCAACAGCCAGUGCCUCUGAUGCAACAGCAGAUGCUUCCAAGGGGAGGACGCAUGUACCGGUACCCGCCAGGUCGUAACAUGCCUGAUGUUCCCAUGCCAGCAGGGGUUGCUGGUGGCAUGCUUUCUAUGCCAUAUGACAUGGGCGGCAUGCCAUUGCGAGAUGCUACGAUGUCACAGCCUAUUCCUAUUAGUGCUUUGGCUUCUGCUCUUGCAAAUGCAACACCUGAACAACAGAGAACGAUGCUGGGUGAAAGUCUGUACCCGCUGGUUGAUCAGCUAGAGCAUGAAAUGGCAGCUAAGGUUACAGGAAUGCUUUUGGAGAUGGACCAGACUGAGGUCUUGCACUUGCUUGAAUCACCAGAAGCUCUGAAAGCGAAGGUUGCAGAGGCCAUGGAGGUUCUGAGGAACGUUCAACAGCAGCAGCAGCAGCAGCAGGCAAGCAGUCCAACUGACCAACUGGCUUCCUUGUCACUGAAUGACAACCUUGUCUCUUGAGUGCACGCAUGCAUGCAUGCUGCAUGUGCUCAUGUUUGGGUUUCACUUUCAACUGAUUUACGAGUACUGGAUUUAAAACAAUUUUAGGAGUGUUUUUGAUACUGUUGAUUCACGUUGAUAGGGAGACAACUGUGUUUUGGUUUUGGGAUCUUUAAAUAUGCUGUUAUUUGUUUAUGGAAGAAAUAUGCAGUUAUUUGUGUUUA